AUGGCUACAGGCGCGCAAUCCCGUGGAGGUGGACCCCUCGCGCAACUCCUGAUUUUGGCAGUUUUACAUGUUAAUUUUAUUGCUCUAGGGCUGGAGCCGGACUUCCUGUAUCCCCUUGAGAACGUGACGAUCGCGCAGGGUAGAGACGCGAUGUUCACAUGCGUGGUCAAUAACCUUGGCGGUUACAGGGUGAGUGGCGACUCCGCCACUGCCAGGGUAGCAUGGAUCAAAGCAGACACAAAGGCCAUUUUAGCGAUACACGAACAUGUAAUCACUAACAAUGCAAGGCUGAGCGUAACUCAUAACGACUACAACACGUGGACACUUAACAUCAGGGGAGUGAAACGAGAGGACAGAGGACAAUAUAUGUGCCAAGUGAAUACAGAUCCCAUGAAAAUGCAGACAGCAUUUUUGGAAGUAGUUAUACCACCUGACAUUAUUUACGAGGAAACUUCUGGGGAUAUGAUGGUACCAGAAGGUGGUUCUGCUAAACUUGUUUGCAAGGCUAGGGGAUAUCCCCCGCCAAAGAUUUUAUGGCGCAGAGAAGACGGUGGUGAUAUUAUUUCAAGAAGCGGACCGCAGGGAAAAACAAAAGUAACGUCACUGGAAGGCGAGAUAGUUAAUUUAACGAAGGUCACCCGUUCGGAAAUGGGGGCUUACCUUUGCAUCGCAGCAAAUGGUGUUCCACCAUCUGUAAGCAAGAGGAUCAUGCUACAUGUGCAUUUCCACCCAUUGGUGCAAGUGCCAAAUCAGCUGGUCGGUGCUCCCACUGGAACAGAUGUAACCCUGCAGUGCCACGUCGAAGCCUCGCCUAAAGCUAUUAACUAUUGGACCCGGGAGAAUGGUGAGAUGAUAAUAACGAACGACAAGUACCACAUGACAGAGAUCACAAGCUCGACGUACAGUGUACAAAUGCGCCUUGUAAUCCGAAAUAUACAGCGUAGUGACCUCGGCGGCUACAAAUGCAUCUCUAAGAAUUCUAUUGGUGACGCUGAAGGAAAUAUAAGAUUAUAUGAAAUGGAGCUACCUUAUCGAAAAUCACGUACUGAAGAAGAGAGUGACGCAGCUUCGGAGGAAAGCAACGAUGUACGUUCCAGUCUUCAGGGACCACUCCGUGAAGGUGGGAAUCGUGUGGAGGAUGCAGGUUUUCUUGGCGGAGGCGGCCCUUCUUCCAGCGAUUCGCACCGCAUCAUUCCUUGUGGAUUUUUCUUGAUAACUGCGCUUGUUCAUACAGUGUGUUAA